AUGACAGCCGAAUAUGAUGCCGACCGAUGGAUAGAGAUGUUGCGGAUUUGCCAACAUCUCCCUGAGGUGGAUAUGAAGAAGCUCUGUGACCGCGUGCGCAACAUCCUGCUCGAAGAAUCCAAUAUCCAACCUGUCUCAAGUCCCGUAACUAUUUGUGGUGACAUACACGGGCAAUUUUGGGACCUGCUGGAGCUACUAAGGAAGGGUGGCGAGGUGUCAGAAACGAGCUAUAUCUUCAUGGGUGAUUUUGUGGAUCGGGGGCACUACAGUCUGGAGACUGUUUCGCUUCUCUUUGCUCUGAAGGCCAGAUACCCUAGUAGAGUGAUACUUCUCCGCGGAAACCACGAAAGCAGGCAAAUUACGCAAGUGUACGGCUUUUAUGAUGAAUGCCAACAAAAAUACGGCAGUGCGACUGUAUGGAAGACAUGUUGUGGAGUGUUCGAUUUCCUCAAUCUUGCGGCGAUCAUCGACGGGACGACAUUAUGCGUGCACGGGGGCCUAUCGCCAGAUAUCCGAACGCUCGACUCAAUACGAACGUUAUCUCGAGCUCAGGAGAUUCCUCAUGAAGGAGCUUUCUGUGACCUCAUGUGGUCAGACCCGGACGAUAUAGAGAACUGGGCCGUGAGUCCUCGCGGUGCAGGGUGGUUAUUUGGUGGCAGCGUCGUAAAAGAGUUCAACCAUGUCAACUCCCUAACUCUCAUCGCCCGUGCCCAUCAGCUUGUGCAAGAAGGGUAUAAAUACAUGUUCGACGAACAACUCGUCACCGUCUGGUCCGCACCGAACUACUGCUAUCGCUGCGGAAACAUGGCGUCCAUCAUGACCCUGCACGAGGAUGGAUCCAAGAGUUUUACUGUCUACGACGCCGCCCCGGAAAAUGAGAGGGAUAAAGCUCAGGGAAGAAGAAUGAGCAAUAUGCCAUAUUUCGUGUAA